AUGGAACGCAGCCCGCGCAACGAAAAGAGGCGUCGUGAUGCCAAAAGCGACCCCACUCGCGGCAAGCGCUCGAAAAGAGUGAAGGAGGGGCCGGAAGGGGCCUCAACAACCCCCCAGAUCGAAACGCAAGCCUCUCCGAAUGCAACCGAGGAGGUCUGCCGCGAUGCCCUCCUCGUUGUGGGCACCUACCACUCCGUGAUGGCGGGGCUGGUGCUCAAGAAAGGCGCCUUCUACAUCACCUUCUCGGUAAAACACCAUGUGGGGUGUAUGAACGACGUCGCCGUGAGUGCGAAGUACGUCGCGAGCUGCGGUGUCGACGAGCGGGUGUUUCUCUUCACGAAUAAACUCUACGCGCGGCCAGGCGGCGGAGCAGAGGGGGGGCGGGCGGUGCGGCUCGCGGAGCUCGGCAGCGUGAGCCCCCCUGCGGAGGUCCGCUGUGCGGCCUUCACCGCCGACGCGCACCACCUCCUCUGCGGCUGCGCGGACGGUCAGCUGCUGGUCUACCGCACGCGGGAUUGGGGGCUGCGGGUGCGGCUUCCCGUCCACGCGAAGGCCCUCCAGCAGCUCGCCCUCCACCCCCGCAGCCACGGCGCGCUCUGCGUGACGAUCGGCGAGGACCGCAGCGUCGCGGUGCUCGACCUCGCGCGGCAUCGGCUGAUGACGAAGUGGAAGUACACCAGCGCCCUGGGCGGGAAGGAAAAUGAGGGAGAAGGGGAGGGGGAACGUCCGCGGGAGCGCGGCCGUCGCCCUGUGUGGGGGAUUCACCAACAGGAAGAACCGCUUUCGGUGUGCUUUUCCCCGUCCGGAGGGUAUUGGGCGGUGCGCAGCCGCUUCUCCGUCGUCGUCUACCACACCACGACGAUGAAGGCGGCCUUCGUCGUGCGGCUGGAGCGGCCUCAGCCGGAGGAGGAGCUCCACAGCCUCGUCUUCGCCUCUGAGGGGGUGGUGGUGGUCGGGAAUGAGGCGGGGCAGCUGCUCUACGCCACGCUUCCCGCCCCUCAAACGGAGGUGAGUGGCGCCGUCGCCAUCGCGCUGCGGCCUGUCGAGAUUCGCUACGAGGAUGAGCAGCAAACGCGCGACGCCGCCGCCCUGACGAAGGAGACGAACGCCCGCCAAAAACAUCCGCUACGCCACACCGCGCGCAUCAAAUCGCUCGCGCGCGAGGGCCGCACCCUCUUCUCGAUCGACUCAGCAGGAGUAGUGAUUGACUGGACGAUGGAUUUCAUGCAAACCCCAGAGGGUGAGGAUAGCGUCGCGCUUAGCUACGUAACGAGCGCGAACUGCCAGGGCCGUGUAACCGCGAUGGGUGUCCUCGCCCUUGGAUAA